UCCCAUAACCCAGUUUCGCCAACACAAUACCUAGUUACUGCUAGCCUUAAAGUUUAGCAAUUGGUAAUGGUUAUUUUGAGAAAUUCAUAUUAAAUUUUUUCCCGCUUAUCAAAUAUCAUUAAAUCCAAAAUAUUCAGGCCAAAUAAAUCCCAAAUACUUAUACUUAAAAGGUGAAAGUGAUUAGGAUGUAAAAGAAUUUGUUUUUUUGUUCCUGUUAUUUCAGAUAUUGAUAUAAUAGUUUUUAGGUUAUAUAGUUUUAAAUAAACAAAAAAUGCCUAAAAUAAAAAUUAGUCACAUUGUAAGCUUUAGUAGUGAAGAUCCUGUACAUUGUGCUAAUAACCUUUUGUCAAGUGACCCCUCAAUGAAGUGGAAAUGUCUCAAUCCAGGAGAAAAGUCUGCAAGUGUAGUGUUGCAGUUAGAAAAGGCUUGUGUGAUAUCCAGCAUUGACAUUGGAAAUGAGCAUUCUGCAUAUGUUGAAAUUCUUGGAGGCCGUUCAAGUUCAAAUGAUACCUACAAGAUUUUACUGGUGAUGUCAACAUUUAUGACCCCUUUAGAGUCAAAACAGAGCCACAAUAUUAACAAGGUGAGAAUGUUUACAAAAGAUCAACUACAAGAUCCAGAACGAAAUGAAAAAUGGGACAGAAUAAAAAUCGUUUGCACACAGCCUUUUAACAGACACGUUCAAUAUGGUCUUUCAUUUAUUACCUUAAAUGCUCCUGAAGAAAAUGAAAAUAGUGUAGGAAACACAAAAAUAGGGAAGUUCUUAAUAAGACCUGAUUCACCAGACAAUAUAAAUGCAGGGAGUUUAUUUGCUAAAAAGAAAGAAGUAGGAGAUGUGCUGCCUUUAACAGGUGCUGCUGCAAUUCGUCAGGCAUCAAACUUGGCUUUUAAUGGAACUCCGCCAGCAAAGCAAAAGAUAAUAGAAGCACCUCUUACCUAUAAAAAUAAACCUAGCACUUCAAACGUUUCUGACUCUGAAUUAAUCCAAAAAGAACGUAAUCGUGAUGAAAUUUUAUAUAACAAAGAUGAUGAAGGCCCUAACAAAAAAAUUGACAAAUUAAUAGAACAAAAGAACAAAGAAUCAGAAGAGAAAAAACAACAACAAGAAUACAAUAAAAAACAAAUACAGAUCAAAGUUAAUAAAGAUGCCAAUAAAGGUGCUUCUGUAGUAUCAGAAAAAGACAACAAGAAGACAAAAAAAGAUCACCUAGAUUCUCCUUCUACAAGUGCCCAAGCAUUUCAAGAAACUAAAAGGAAAGCUAAUAAUGGAUUUAAUAUGACGCCAAAUAAGCGCGUUAAACAAAACGUAAAGAAAAAACCGUUUCACAAACUUUUGGAAGGUGUUGUACUUGUUAUAAGUGGUAUACAGCAUCCAGAAAGGGGAAAAAUAAGAGCAAAAGCCAUGGAAAUGGGUUCUAAGUACAAACCAGAUUGGGACGUGACCUGCACUCAUUUGGUGUAAGUGAUAUGUAUGUAUUUAUAUUUAUAAUCAGAUAAGCA